UUUACAAGCAGGAGAGUCUCCCCCGACCACACACAGCAGCAGUAUCAUCUCCACCAUGAACAACCUCCGAGUGAGGCUGAACUGUGGGAGACUGUUCGCUGCCGUCGGGCUGGUCAUCUUCUUCCUAACUUCUUGUACCAAUUACUGGCUGCACGCUGUCACCUACCCAAGCCUGAACAACACCGAGCUGGAGCAGCCCACCAAUUCAACUGGAGCUAUUCAGAAAUACAUCAGUACAGAAAAGAAAACAACUGGAUCAAAUCAAGAAGAUUUCACUGGGAUAGAGAAUUCAACCGAAACAAAUCAGCCAUUUGCCCUUAAACGAUCUUCAUACCACAGAAGUCGAUUCAAUAAAUACAGAAUCUUAUAUAUUAAGCAGAUGACUCUGACUUAUCAUCAUGAAGGGUUCUUCUGGAGAUGCUGGUUCACUGACGAAUGGACAGAAGAAACAAUUUUAAAAUUUGUCUUUGUUAACCAACCACCUUCAAAAUGCUGUAUACAUGCCUAUUAUUCCCCAUUUCCAAGCGCCAAAGGAGAAAUCUCCAUCGAAUUUGAAUCUGCAAUAGUUUAUCGUAAGUGGUGGAGUGCAUUCAUGUUUUUGGCAGUGAUAUGUAUUUCAAUUGGAUCUGUAGCCAUCGUUUUUAACAUAUUUUGUGACAAUCGUGAGAGGUAUAAAACUGUGGGAGUCAUAUUUUUGCUGUCUGGUUUUCUUUACAUUGUGUCUAUUGUCAUGUAUGUCUACUGGAUAUCAGCUAUACCUCAAAUGAUGAAGCAAGGCAGUACAACUCUAAAUAUUGCCAAGAUAGUAGUGAGUUAUGGUUGGUCUUUCAUGGCAGCUCCUGUUGGAAUAUUGUUCUCUUUGAUUUCAGGCUUGUUGUUCUUUAAUAUUCCAUACAAGGAAAAGGACAUCAUUUAAAUGUGAAUUCAAAUUUUAACUUGUAAAUUGGCUGUGCAUUUAAAUUUAAGUGCACAGUCAAUAACAAAAUCUGAAUGUAUCAUUGUAUUUUAUCCUGUCAAGAUAUCAAAAAUAGAAUAAUCUGCUUGUGUAGCUUUAGAAUUUCAUCAACAUCUUCAGUUUUGAAUUUUUUAUGACAAAAUGAGGUGAAAUGGUUAAAAACAAAAAAAAAACUCAGUGCGAAUCUCCAUAACUGACAUGGAAGUGACUUUGGCUGUACAAAAUAGUUUUUGGCAAAACCUUUGCUGAAGUGUGAGGCGUCCAGAAAGGGAUAUGAAGGCAACUUGAGGCAGUAACAUCAUAAUUGUCAGUAACACCCAUUAACUCCUAUACCAUACCACCACUCAAGUCUUUCAUUCUGUUCUAACUGUUUACAUCGUAAACUAUUUGCAGCCAAUUCUGGUCUCAGAUUCAUGGUGGUGAGUUGGCUAUUCUGAUCACAGAAGUGAGAAGACCCCUAGAGCAGUACUGAUGGUGGUAGAAGGGCAAAUAGAGCCAGUAACAUGACUAGACCACGUGAUCGAGAAAGAAUUUCAGAACAAUUUAUGAACAUUAUUAAAAAAGUAAAAGCCCUUCUGACCGUGAAGUUUUGUUAGCUGCUGACAAACUAGAAUAUCUAUUGAUGAGAAAAACCAAAGUAACCUGAUUGGAUAGCUGAAAAAAAUUUGCUGCCUACUCCGUCAUAUCAGAUGGGGACAGCCAGCCUUAUCACUCAGAUGGGAACAUACAAAGAACAAAGAACAAUACAGCACAGGAAUAGGCCCUUCGGCCCUCCAAGCCUGUGACAACACAUUUUGCCCUUCCAUAUUAAAACUGUCUUCACUUGCAGGAUCUGUAUCCCUCUAUUCCCUUCCUAUUCAUGGAUUUGUCCAGGUUCUUCUUGAAUGCUGCUAUUGUGUCUGCUUCCCCCACCUCCUUUGGCAUCGUAAUCCAGGCACUCACCACACUUGGUGUGAAAAACAUUCCUUGCACAUCUCUUUUAAUCUCUUCCCCCCCAACCCCUCGCACAUUGAACCUGCGUCCCCUAGUA